AUGCUUGAAUAUAAUAUUAAAGAAAAAUAUCCUUCAGAAAAUAUCAUAGAAGAUAAAUCAUAUAACACAAAAUCACAAGAAUUACAUAAUCCUAAACGAAAGAGAAAAAAUACAGAUAAAGUAGAUCAUAUUGCUAGAAUUGUUAAAAUAAAUUAUAUACAAAAAAAUGGUCAAAAGGAACCUGUCUGUACACUAACAGACGGAUCAGUUCUUUAUCGUAAUGAUACUAUCUAUUUAGUUUCUGAGCCACCUGGUGAACCAUAUUAUCUUGCAAGAAUCAUGGAGUUUACGUCAAUGAAUAAUGAUCCUGAUAGUUCUAUUAAUGCAAUCCGUGUGAAUUGGUUUUAUAGACCAAGGGAUGUUCAAAAAAAAACCAAUGAUUCUCGUCAAUUAUUUGCUUCCAUGCAUUCUGAUAUAUGUCCCUUAUCAGCAUAUAGGGGAAAGUGUAGAAUAUUUCAUAAAGAUGAGAUAGAAAACCAUGAUGAAUAUCGAAAAAUACCGAAUUCUUUUUAUUAUGAUAGACUUUUUGAUCGCUAUAUAUAUCGUUAUUACGAAGUUGUGCCUAUACAUAAAGUAACAAAUGUUCCAGAUAGAGUAAAAGAAGUUCUUAGGCAAGAAUGGAAGUAUGUAAUUGUAGAGAUUGGAAGAGGAAAAGAGUUGGCAAUGCAACAUAGAGGUUGUAAACGUUGUGGCAACUGGUGUUUAAGUAUUGAAUCUAUUAGAUGUGCUGUUUGUCAUGAUGAUUAUCAUAUGCAUUGUGUUAAGCCCCCUUUACUCAAAAAGCCUACAAAAGGAUUUGUCUGGACCUGUACCUCCUGUUCUAGAGCUGAGCAUCGCCGUAUAAAAGCAAAUAAAAGUUUGGAAAUUCCUUCAGAAAGGCAAUCAAAAACUAUUAACUUAAGAAAAAAAAGCGUACAAAAUGAUGUUGAUAAUAAUAAUGAAGAUUCUGAACUAUCUGAUAUAUCAUCAAUAUCAUCUAAUAUUACAGAAUCUAAUAAUUAUAGUGAAAUAAACGAAAAAAAAAAAUACAAACAGCCAACUGAACAGCAAAAAGCAAUUACUAAAUUAUGGCCAUAUAGAUAUUUAGGAAUACAUUGCAAUAUAGAAGACGUAUUGGAUUACGAUGACAGAAUCUAUCCUAGAGCAGCAUCUAGAAUUGGUGGUAAACAUCAAGCAGUCAUUCCAGAACAAGAUGAAUCUUUUAUAGAAAAACAACAAGUAGUAGUAGAUUUACGGAAAAAAAGAAAGGGAAAACAUAUUUAUAAGUUUUCUAACGCUUCAGAAGAAGAAAUAUUGGAACAAACUAAUUCAGAAGCUAAAAUGGAUAAUACAAAAGUUAACAAUUCUAAAGAGUGUUUUCCUAAACCAUCUAAUUCGAAAUCUUUAUUCAACAAAAACUUUUCUUUUACCAAUGAAAUAGGUACUAGAUAUGUUUUAAGAGGACAUGAUCAUACAAGCAUAAAAUUAUUUUCAAAGCCAGAAAACAUUCCAGAUGAUUUAGUAGAUAACUAUCUUAACAAAAUUAAAUAUAUAGCUGAAAAUCUCUCUAUACCUCACUUUUCUACGGAUUUUCAGGAUAUAGCAUUAACAACACUUUAUGAAAAUCAAUUUGAUAUAAAUGCUUCCAUUUCAAGUUUAUCAUUUUUGACUAAAAAGCACCUUCGCAUACCUGAUUUUAAUGUUCUUGAACUAGAACAGUUUGAAAAUGCCAUUUCUCAAUAUGGAAGUGAAUUAUCUUUAGUUGCUAACGAGAUUCCAACAAAAUCCCUUCCAGAAAUAAUUAAGUUUUAUUAUAUAUGGAAAAAGACAGAAUCUGGAAAAAAAAUAUGGGGAAAUUAUUCAGGUCGUCGCAAGAAAGAAGAAAAGCUAUUUUCUUCAAAUCAUAAUAGAUCUAUAUUAGAUUCUUCUUUACACUUAACGGAGGAUAUAGCAGAUAGCAGUGACGAUAGUGCCUAUAAUUCUGAAAAAGCUACAUUAAAGCAUAAAAGUUUCAUCUGCAAAUUUUGUUCUAUAACUAAAAGUAAACUUUGGAAACGGGCACCAGGUGGUUCUUUUAUUUCUGAUAAAAAUGUAGUUACAGCACUUUGCCAAAGAUGUGGUGAAUUAUGGAGGAAAUAUAGUGUACGCUGGGAACCACCCGAAGAAAUUGCUAAAAAAUUAUCAGAACCUGGUGCACGUUGGAGAAAAAAGAAAUUCGAGGAAGAACUUUUAAAAGAACAACAUUUAUUUGAAGAGAAAGAAAAAAUUGAAGAAAAUUGUGAUAAAAAUGGACCAGGAAAAAGACGUCGUUUAAAAACAGAUGUGAAAUAUCCGAAAAAAGAUAUAGAUGAUUCAUUAAUUUUAAAAGGAAAUUCUAUAUCUUGCCGUGUUUGCGAGCUUUUGGAACCAAAAUCUAUACUUUAUACAUGUAAAACAUGUGAACUCAUGGUUCAUAAAACAUGUUAUGGAAUUUCUUACGUUGAUCCUAAUUCAUGGAUUUGCGAUAUGUGUAUUAAUGAUAAAACGCCUAUGGUUUCUACUAAUUAUCAAUGUGUUCUUUGUUCAGUUCAUGAUUGCCCAUCUCUUAAUUCAAAUUCUUUCUUUAGAGAAGCUCUUAAACAAACAUCAGGAAAUAAUUGGGCACACGUUACAUGCGCUAUAUGGAUUCCAGAACUUAAAUUUACUGAUUCUUCUACAUUGCAACCUAUAGAAGGAAUCGGCGCCAUUUCAUUAUCCAGAUGGCAACAAGUAUGCUUUAUAUGUAAAAAGGUUCGAGGAGUAUGUGCAUUGUGUCAUGUUUGUCAUAUUCCACUACAUGUGACUUGUGCCAUCUAUGCAGGGUAUACUAUUGGAUUUGAUAUAGCUUUAGUAAAAGGUUCAAGAAAAGAUAAUGCUGUUACUAUAAAAUUUAGUGGGGAAUUUGGAAUUAUGACUGCUGCUAUAUGGUGUCCCAAUCAUAAUAUGAAAAAAACUAUAGUUCAUGCUAUUAAUGAGUAUGACUAUGAAAUAAAUAAGUAUGCUAUUAAGGCUUAUGUUGAAAAUUAUAAAACUUCAAUGAUUUCUGCAAAAAUAGGAAAUAGACGAAUUAAUAUGAAUGCUUAUUAUGGACAUAUUACUCCUUUGACUAUUGCAAUUAAAUUGGAAGAAUUGAGAAAUCUUAAAAAAGAUCAACAUUCGCCUAUAAAAGAAGUAACGAGGUCUUGUUAUAUAUGUGAAACUAAUAUAUCUCCUGUAUGGUGGCCAAAAAAUAAUGUAUCGACAUCAACUAAUAAUUUAUACAAUGCAAAACUUUUAUAUGCGUGUCAUUUAUGUUAUUAUACUAUGAAAAAAAAAGAUGGAAAACCUAUAACUAAGGAUUAA